AUGGUUCAAGUCCCAAUGGCCACGGCGGCCUCAACCACCACGAUGCGAGCCUCGCCCGCCAGUGCUACGGCCAGCACGGCGACUUCCACACGAGGAAAGCCGACAGUAAACGGAAAUGCGAACAAUCCUGCUGCUGCUCCGUUGCCUUUGAGCGCAAUGCACUCUCUGCCAUUAGAUCUGACCAGUGUGGAGAGGAGGGGACAGCCAACGGCGAGUCGGGAGGCUGCGAAGAGAAUUCGCCCACACGGCCUAGAAGAGGCACCAGCCUACACACCGACCGAGGAAGAAUUUAAAGAUCCUCUCGCAUACAUCAGGAAGAUUGAACCGGAGGCUUCGAAAUAUGGUAUAUGCAAGAUUAUUCUUCCUGGCGUGUGGAACCCUGAGUUUGCAAUCGAUACAGAGCGUUUUCAUUUCCGAACCAGAAAGCAGGAACUGAACUCAGUCGAAGGCAGUACGCGUGCAAACCUCACAUACCUCGAUCAGCUAGCAAAAUUCCAUAAACAGCAUGGCACAAAUCUCAAUCGCUUCCCAAGUGUCGACAAACGGCCUCUCGACCUAUACAAGCUCAAGAAAGCCGUCGAGCAGAGAGGUGGUUUCGAAAAAGUGUGCAAGUUGAAGAAAUGGGCCGAGAUUGGACGAGACUUGGGAUACAGCGGGAAGAUCAUGUCAUCGCUGUCGACAUCGCUCAAGAAUUCUUACCAGAGAUGGCUCUUUCCAUACGAGGAAUAUCUUCGGUUGGCAAAACCUGGUGUACACCAACAACUGGAGUUUGAAUACGGAGGACCUCUUACGCCUUCACCUGCAAACUCCCCACUCAAGAAAUCAUAUCAAAAUACUCCCUCGAGUCUGAGAGGAGAAUCACCCGCGAUGCGAGCUCACGAUGCCUUGAACGCCUCAAUGAAAGACGAAUUUGAGCGUACCAUGAAGAACAUUCCAAUGCUCGACUCGCCAGCAGCUGCAGCAACUCCUCCUCCACCUCCACAAACGCCAGCACCAGCUCCACCAGUGACUUCUGGAUUCACGCCUGUGAAUGCUGGGGGUUUUACUCCGGUCAAUGCUGCUCCUGCGACAUUCGCUCCGGUCAACAUUCCACGGCGUGAUCGGGAACGUGAAGAGCGCAGUUUUACCCCGCCUCGACGACCUCCGUUUGACAGUCCGGUCAUUUCCGCAAAGAAUACUCCAGAAUAUCGCCCAUCGGCACUCAGUUCUGCACCGGUCGUAAAUGGCUUUACGUCUAAUCCUAUCCUGAAACGUCAAUUAAGUCAUGAUAGUAUCGAUUCACGUUCGCGGAAAGGUAGUCAGCCACUUGAUGAUGCCGAGAACAGCGGGCGACGAAGUAAGAGACUCAAGAAAGAUUCGGUACCAACCGUCGCUGGGUCUCACAUGACCUUGUUCCGACCAACACCACCCAGAAUUCCUGGUGAACAUCGAUCCUCAGCUCCUGGCGAGAAGUGCGAACACUGUGCCAAGCCUGAUGAGCAGGGCAACUUGUUAAUUUGUGAAUCCUGCGACCAUGGAUACCACAUGCAGUGUCUCGAUCCUCCAGUUGCAGCAAGACCAGACUACGACUGGAAUUGUCCUAGAUGCCUUGUUGGCGACGGGCAAUUCGGAUUCGAGGAAGGUGGUAUUUACUCGUUGAAGCAGUUUCAAGAGAAGGCUGCCGAUUUCAAGGAGGGUUACUUCCAAAACAAAAUGCCAUUCGAUCCGGUCCUCAAUUGCUCCAGACCUGUUACGGAGGAUGAUAUCGAGCGGGAGUUCUGGCGACUCGUUGCUAGUCUGGAAGAAACUGUGGAGGUUGAGUACGGUGCUGAUAUUCAUUCUACCACUCAUGGCAGCGGCUUCCCAACCAUCGAAAAGAACCCACAGGAUCCAUAUUCCACCGAUCCUUGGAAUCUGAACAUCCUGCCGUAUCAUCCUGACUCCCUCUUCCGUCACAUCAAAUCCGACAUUUCUGGUAUGACUGUUCCAUGGCUGUAUGUUGGCAUGAUCUUUUCAACUUUCUGCUGGCAUAAUGAAGAUCAUUACGCAUAUUCUGCAAAUUACCAACAUUUUGGUGCGACCAAAACGUGGUAUGGCAUUCCUGGUGAAGAUGCUGAAAAGUUCGAAGCCGCUAUGCGAGAUGCUGUUCCGGAGUUGUUCGAGACGCAGCCCGAUUUGCUCUUCCAGUUGGUUACUUUGUUGACGCCCGAGCAGCUGAAGAAAGCUGGUGUGCGGGUUUACGCCCUGGAUCAAAGAGCUGGCCAACUUGUCAUUACCUUCCCUCAAGCUUACCACGCCGGCUUCAAUCAUGGAUUCAAUUUCAACGAAGCUGUCAAUUUCGCCCCGAACGACUGGGAACCUUUUGGCGAUGCUGGUGUCGAGCGGCUACAGCAAUUCCGUCGUCAACCAUGUUUCUCGCACGAUGAGCUACUAUGGACAGCCGCCGAAGGGGCCAGUGGUGCGGUCACCAUUCAGACUGCAAAAUGGUUGGCACCUGCUCUGGAACGACUUCGUGAUCGUGAAAUCGUUCAGCGAAAGCUGUAUCUGGAUAAACACAAACACGAAGGUCCAUGCGCUGUUACCGACACAGUCGGUGAGGAUGACCCGAAGUGCCAGCUUGGUUUUGUAAUCGACGAGGAAGACGUUCCAGAAGAGGAAUAUCAGUGCACUUAUUGCAAGGCAUACGCGUACAUGUCCAGAUUCAAGUGCGACGAAAGUGGAAAGGUCAUGUGCAUGCUGCAUGCCGGAACAUAUGAUUGUUGCACAAUGUCUGCAGAAGAACGCCAAGCUGGAAAGGGCCACACCUUGCAUUACCGUCGUACAGCAGAAGCCAUUGAAGGAAUGUAUCAAAAGGUGGCGGAGAAGGCCCAGUUACCUGAGCAAUGGGAAGAAAAGGUGGAAAAGCUUUUGGAGGAAGAUCCUACUCCACCAUUGAAAACCCUACGAGCGUUACUCAACGAGGGUGAGCGCAUACCAUAUCCUCUCAAAUCGUUACCUACGUUAAAGUCUUUCGUCGAGCGAUGUAAUGAGUGGGUAGAAGAAGCGACCAAUUACAUCGUGCGCAAACAGCAAAAUCGUCGUAAGAAUGAAAAGGCUUGGCGAAAAGGAAGCAAAGCUGCGGAAAUGGAGGAGCGAGAUCGCGAACUUCGAAAGGUCGAGAACGUCAAGAAACUGUUGAAAGACGCUGACAAAAUUGGAUUUGACUGUCCCGAGAUCACUCAAUUACGAGAGCGGGCGGAGGCAAUUGACAAAUUCCAGAAAGACGCUCGUUCUGCCAUUGCAAACCCUUUACUUCAUCAAACCUCUGAGUUUGAAGAGCUUUUAGAACUUGGCAAGGGAUACAAUGUCGAUAUGCCGGAGAUUGACAAGAUUGACAAGAUUGUGCAGCAGAUGAAGUGGAACGAUAGGGCUCGCGAUAAUCGUGGCCAAUUUCUUACUUUGAAAGAAGUCUCUGAUCUUAUCGAAGAGGGCGACAAGCUUGAGAUUCCCAAGUUCAAUGACUAUCUGAUUCAUUACAGAGAGCAGAGAAGUCAUGGGUUGCAGUGGGAGGAAAAGGCAAAGGAAUUGGUUACUGCCGAGGUGGUACAUUAUCCUCAGCUUGAAGCGCUUUCCGCUCAAGCUCAAGCAGCUGCACUUCCUGUUUCUCCUGAAACAUUGGCACAAGUUGAACAAAUCCUCAACAAACAAAGGGAAGCCCAUCGACAGAUCGUGUCGUUGUACGAGCGCAGUCGAGAGGAGGAUCCAUUGAAGCGACCCAAAUAUGCCGAAGUACGCGAGACGAUGGAAAAUCUGACCGAGUUGAAUAGCAAGCCCAACGGGACGCUGGAUCUGGAAAAGGAACAAAAGCGGCAUGAAGACUGGAUGCGAAAAGGAAAGAAGCUUUUCGGAAAGGCUAAUGCUCCACUUCACAUAUUGAAAUCUCACAUGGAAUAUGUACUAGAGCGCAAUGUGGACUGCUUCGAUAUUAACGCGGACAAGCCAAGAUUGCCAGCUGAACCUGCAUCACGAGAGCCAAGUCCGUCUGAAGCCAAGUUGCAUAGCUGGGAGGAUCCAAGAUUUCGUGAAGUCUUCUGCAUUUGUCGACGUAUCGAAGCAGGUAUGAUGAUAGAAUGUGAAUUGUGUCAUGAAUGGUAUCACGGCAAAUGUCUCAAGAUUGCUCGCGGCAAGGUCAAGGAUGACGAAAAAUAUACUUGUCCUAUCUGUGAUUGGCGAGUUCGGAUUCCUCGAGAUGCAGCUCGUCCGAAGUUGGAAGAUCUACAAGCUUGGCAAGAUGAGAUUGCCACACUUCCAUUUCAGCCAGAUGAAGAGGAUAUUCUUUCGAAGAUCAUUGAUAAUGCUCAGGAGUUCCGAUCGCAUGUUGCACCAUUUUGCAAUCCAGUCAUGGCCACAGCAGAUGAAUGUGAAACGCAGAGAUUUUAUCUUCGCAAGAUCGAAGGUGCAGAGAUUCUGCUUGCCUUUGAGACAAACUUCUUCAGACAAGAACUCCACAAGUGGUCUCCAGUCGCUCCCGAGCCACCGCCAGUGUUGGAAAACUCCAAGUCUACUCGAAAACCAAGACCAACAAAGCUACAGAAGCUUAUGGCACAACAUGGUGUAGACGACCCCGAGCAGCUCCCGCAGAGUCUUCGAACGAAGCCUCAUCAAUUCAAGCGCAAGUCCAGCGAGCCAUCCUCGUCACGUCCACAGCCUUUGCAACCAGCACCAGGACGAUCUGACUCUGGAACACCAACAUCGCAUACCUUCCCUGCUGGCACUGCUUCAAUGCACAGUGGUCCAAUCCUCAUGUCUUCUGAUGUUAGUCACCAUCCGACAAAUCUCGCAGGCUACGCUGGCUCUCACGAUCCACAUUUCACUAUGAGUCCCCAGAGCGCCACAUCCCCGGCAUUUGCGCCACACGCAUUCAUGCAUGCAGGAGGUCUCCCUAGUCCAGCUUUUGGAUCAUCAGCCAGUCCUCGUGCACCAGGCAUGUUCAACGAAGCCGGUAUUGGUCGGAUGGACUCGGUGGCAUUGGGACCAGGUGGUGACAGUCCCAUGCGAGAUGCCUUCGCGGGUGGUGCUGGACCAUCGGGCGGUGCAGAUGUAGCACAGAUGUUCAACGAUCUCACUCAUGGCGCGGAAGAAGAGAAGGAGAAAAAUCCCGAUCGAGAAACAGAGGAGAGAGGUAAGGAUGAACCAGCCAAGUGGCGUCCUUAUGAAGAGCUGGAGGACGAGAUCGAUCUAUUCUUUGUUGACGAACCAUAA